GGCCACUACAGAUCAUGGCGAACCAUAGCAUUUGCUCUGUGAUUGCCACUGCAUUGCUGAUCUCAGUGUUGGCAUUACCAACGAGCGUGCAGGCCAUCGGUGUCUGCUACGGCAGGCUCGGAGAUAACUUACCACAGCCCAGCGAGGUGGUAGAUCUCUACAAAUCCAACAACAUUGGAAGCAUGAGGAUUUAUGAUCCAAACCAUGAUGUCCUCGAAGCCCUGCGAGGAUCCAACAUCCAACUACUCGUAGGUGUUCCUAAUGAUCAGCUCCAGUCGUUGGCGUCGGACUCAUCUGCUGCCAAUGCCUGGGUUCAGAGUAAUGUGGUAGCCUACUGGCCCAGCGUCUCCUUCCGCUACAUAGCGGUGGGAAACGAGGUGAUCCCCGGAGACGAUGCGCCGUAUGUCCUCCCCGCCAUGCAGAACGUCCAAAAUGCUCUCGCUUCAGCAAAUCUGCAGGGUCAAAUCAAGGUCUCGACCUCAGUCUCAACACGCGUUCUCGGGGUAUCAUACCCUCCCUCCGAGGGUUCUUUCUCUUCUGACACACAAGCCGACAUGAACCCCAUAGUGCAGUUCCUAGUGAACAAUGGAGCCCCCCUCCUACUCAACGUCUACCCCUACUUCAGCUACAAAUAUAACCAAGCUCAGAUUUCACUCUCCUACGCCUUGUUCACUUCCCCGGAUGUUGUAGUGAAUGACGGGCCGUACGGGUACCAGAACCUCUUCGAUGCCAUUGUCGACGCAGCCUACGCAUCGUUGGAGAAGGUGGGAGGGUCGAGUGUGGAGAUUGUGGUAUCGGAGAGUGGUUGGCCAUCUGCUGGUGAUGUUGAGACGACCAUCGACAAUGCAGGAACAUACAACCAGAAUCUGAUCAACCAUGUUGGCCAAGGAACACCAAGAAGACCUGGGAGUGCAAUAGAGGCCUACAUAUUUGCCAUGUUCAACGAGAACCAAAAGGAUUCGGAACUGGAGAGGAACUUUGGUCUCUUCUAUCCGAAUAAGCAACCUGUUUACUCUAUUCACUUCAGCUGAAUAAUUGUUGUGGCUUAAGGAACAUUGUUCCCAUACACCACCAUAUGAUAUUAAAUAAUGAACCAGAAGAGGGAACAUUCUCAGAAUUCUGGUCCUUGAAUAAAAUUAUUUAAAAUACAUUGCAUG